AUGGAAUCUGCAAUUCGCUGGUCUCCACACUCCACCGACCUCGAGCAGCGCUUUCUUUCUGUGGAUGUCACUGGUAGGGCGUUUCGCCUGUGCAAAGUGAAAGGAAACAUCGCGUCCAAUACACCAAUUCAACACGAGAUUAUAUCGACGCUCAAUGAUAUCCCCGUAUUUCGCGCCUUCGACUGGUCUGCAUCCAACGAGAAUCUGAUCGCAGUAGGUCAAUCGUCUGGUGGAGCCACCAUCCUGCGACUCGACGCCAGCGCCAAAGAAUCGAUCUCAUUCCCGGUUCGAAACCAGCGAUAUUGCAAUGCUGUGGCAUUGAGUACACACGGGCUUGUUGCGUCGGGUCUGGAUCGGAUCAGGAAUGACUUUUGCUUGAACAUCUGGGACGUCAAUCAGCGACUCAGCCCGGCAGGUGGUAGUAAAGGAUUCCCCGAACCAUUGAGAAAGCUGGCCAGCUCGGAGCCGAUCACAAGUAUUAAGUUCUUCAGGGAUCAACCAGAUACACUAGUCGCUGGAGUCAAGGGCCAAUUUCUUCGUAUCUACGAUCUGAGGGAGGGUUCGGGUAGUCCAUCGUUACAAUUUCAAACGCGAUGCGUUCACAAUCUGGCCAUCGACUGGCUUGAUGAGAAUUAUAUUGCUUCCUGUCAGCCUUAUAACGAAAGUACCAUUUGCGUGUGGGAUCGGCGUGUGGGAGCGCGACUUGCAUCGCCUUCGGUCGGUUCUACGUCGAAUAAUGCCGAAUCCGGCCAAUCUGUCGCCGCCUUACAGAUUCACAAUGUCUUUGAUGCUCAGGCUUCCACUUGGAGCCUGCGCUUUUCAAACACCAACCGAGGCUACCUCGGAGCGCUCUCGAGCACUGGCCACUUUAGGGGGUUUGCCAUUGCCAAAGAUCAUCAGAGCGAAGAGUACCGCGCGUCUAUUGAUGAAACCUUUGGGGAGGGCUCCUUCAAAAACUAUGCAGAGCCGGUGUUCUUGAGGCGUCAGCAAGAUGUGCGCUACCCGUACAAUCACCCAACUCGCGGUUGCGGGGAGAAAGAUCGCAUGGUAGCUUUUGAUUUCUUGAAUAUGAGUCUGUCGAAUCAGCCCAGUGCUAUCGCAUUAGACGGCCAUGGCAGGCCACAGAUUGUGACUGCUCGGCCACCCUCCGCUCCGGUGAGCAUAUCUAGCCGGGGAGUCUUGGUCUACGGUCUGCCUACCGGCGACAGAGGCUUCAAGGCCAUUCACCCGCUAUCAGAGGAUGAAGAAAUCGCAAUCUCAGAGGUAGUGAGUGACAUUCGAGCACGCGUGGAUGGAAGUCCACUCGAAACCCCCACAGACUCGGGCAAGAACAGUGAACCUCGUGUUGCCAAGACCCAACCACUAUCAAGUCGAGACACACGAGAGCAAGAGCUUUUACUCGUGGAUCCAACUGCCUUGCUCACGGCCCAGGAGGCAUUGACUUUGUCCACUGUUGCACAAGCUCGAUGCAGAGAAGGAUACAUGUUCAACGAGGCUUUGAAUCGGUCAAUCGUCUCGGAUGACCCUGCUCUUCAGGAUUUGUGGGAUUGGAUUGAACGCGCGAAAACCCAGUCGUCUGGCUCAAAUAUGCUUGUCAAUGGUUUUGAUCUGAGCUUUGUCGGUAUCAACGAAGUGUGGACGGGCGAUCUUGACCACGACUUCAAACAACGGAACCUCGAGGGCAAAUUCGACGGCCCAGCCGCUGUCACCGACGCAAUUGUUCAGCUCGCUGCGCGGUUACACUUGGCGGAUACCAAACGAUGCGACACGAGCUACCCUGAACUGAGAGGUCUCUGUCUUUACAUAUGCGGAGCUAUACCAACCUACAAACAACUAGAGAAGGAAGUCAAAGCUCUCUCCGCUGAUAGUCAGCAUUCCAAAGCUGCCGCUCUCGCAGUCUUUCAAGACGAAGCCAAACUGGCUUACGUUGCUCUUCGAAACAAUGACCCGUUACAGGCGCACAAGCUGCUCGCCAUGGCCAUUGCUGGUGCUGCUAAAGGCGACACCAGCACCGAUUGGGAGGACACCUGUGCUGACAUCUCCCAACAACUGACAGACCCGUACGCACGGGCAGUAUUGGCACUCGUGAGCAAGGGUGACUGGCAUUCUGUCCUCAAGGAAACCACACUGCCAUUGAGAUACCGUGUUGAGGUAGCGCUCAGAUGGCUCCCGGACGAAGAGUUGACUGCAUACUUGAGCGAGGCUACUGCCGAAGCCAUUCGCGAAGGCGAUGUCGAGGGAGUGAUGUUGACGGGGCUGGGACAUCUCGCCAUGGGCCUCUUCCAAUCCUACAUUGAGAAAUUCAGCGAAGUGCAAACUCCCGUCCUCGCCAUGAGCUACACCGUCCCUCGAUUUGUCAACAGCGCCCCUUUGGUUGCGCAGUUUGAAUCGUGGCGUGAAGGAUAUCGCUACCAGAUGAAUUCCUGGAAAAUGCAAUUCGAGCGGGCACGAUUUGACGUUGCCUCACGACAACUCGCCGUUACUGCCGAUGGGCGUAAGCUCCUCACACCUCCGCCCCAGCAGAUCAGCCUGGUUUGCAACUACUGUACCCGGCCCGUCACCCAGCAUGAUGCCUCAUCUCAAAUCUCUCCGUCGACCACGGCGGAAACGGUCCACCCCACGGCCGGCCAUCCGCUCGGAACUGCCACCAUGUCCGGGACUGUAUGCCCACGAUGCGGUCGACAUUUGCCUCGUUGUGGCGUGUGUAAUCAGUGGCUCGGCACCACCGAUCCCAUGUCCAAGGGCGGGGCCGCGAGUGAAGCCGAAGAUGAGCAAAGUAGGGUGUCAAACAUCAUGAAACGAUUCAUGGCCUUUUGCACGAAUUGCAACCAUGGAUUCCAUGCGCACCACGCAGAUGAGUGGUUCUCGAGGCAUCGGCUCUGUCCUGUACCUGAUUGUACGUGUAUGUGCCUUCGGAAGUCACCUGCACCCUAG